AGGUACUCAACACCAGUUAAUUCGUUAAUUUCCUGUGAAUAUUGUCGUUCAGGUACGAGAAUAAUGACAGCGAGUGACGACAAACCCUCAAGUGGGUCUAGGAUUAUUCAGGUCACCAACAUAGCUCCUCAAGCCACCAAAGACAAAAUGCAAACUUUGUUCGGUUUCAUCGGUAAGAUCGAUGACAUUAGGCUCUACCCCACCGUUCGAGAUGCUGUCGUGCCUGUUCAGUCUAGGAUUUGCUACGUCAAGUAUGCUGACCCCAUAAGUGUAGGCGUAGCGCAACAUCUCACCAACACUGUUUUCAUUGACCGCGCUCUGAUCAUUACACCCUAUUCUUCAUCGGAGAUCCCUGACGAGUACAGAGCAUUAGACAUUGCCCAUCAAGCAAGUGGUGUGCCAGGUUUAUACCCAUCUGAUCCCAAACUGCCGCCUCACGUCACAAACCAAAUUGAGGGUAUUCCUCCUAAUCAAAUGAUAGUAACUCAUGACCCGGUGCUGGUAUCCAACGGUCUACCCCUGUAUCCUCCUCUUCCGGUGACCUUUGACUCCCGCAGAAUCGAAGAAAUUCGACGCACUGUUAUGGUUAUGAACAUUGAUGAUUCAUACACUGCUGAGCAGUUGAUAGAUUUCUUCGCACAUGCAGGCGAGGUGAAGUAUUUGAAGUUCUGUUCCAGGGACAAUGACAGCAAUCGUUAUGCCCUGGUCGAAUUCACAGAGCAAAGCAGCAUCAUACCCGCAUUAAAGUUAAACGGUGCCCAAGUUGGCUCUAAAAUGAUCCAAGUCCACCACGCUACUCAAGCUAUCACUAAACCUAUGGCGAAAAGUAAUGAGGCAGCGCAGCGUGAGAUUGAGGAAGCUAUGACCAGAGUUAAAGAGGCGCAAAGCUUGAUUUCAGCUGCUAUAGAUCCAGUCAUAGGAAUCUUAUCAAAAGAUAAGAAACGAAGCAGAAGUGGAUCAAGAUCCAGGCACAGGUCUAGAUCAAGGUCCCGUGACAGAAGUCGUCGUCACAGAAGGUCUAGGUCCCGGUCUCGUAGAUCUAGAUCAAGACAUCAUUCUCGCAAACAUGGCCGAUCUCGAUCAAGAUCAAAACGCUCUCGCUCAAGAUCCAGGAGAUCUCGCUCUCGUGACCGUCGCAGAUCUAGGUCCCGUGACCGCCGUCGCUCUCGCUCCAGAGAUCGCAAACGAUCAAGAUCUAGGGAUCGCAAAUCAAAAUCCACCCGUGAUCAUCGAAGACACUCUCGUUCCAAAUCACGCUCUAAAAGAUCCAGGUCCCGAUCUAGAUCCAAGUACUCGAAACGAGAUUCCAAGUCGUCAAGACAUGAUGAUAAAAGGAAAGACAAGAAGUCCAGUGACAAAGAUAAGACUACUGAUGAUAAAGAUAAGUCUAAAAAGUCAUCAUCUCCCAGUCGCCGGUCCUUCACUCCUCGGCGAAAAUCCUCGAGCCGUUCACCUGCUAAGCGUGGAUCCCGCUCUCCCACCCGUACCAGUAAAACAAGAUCUCCUUCUGGGAAACGUUCUUCCUCUAAAAAACGCAGUGUAUCCAGAAGGAGGAGCGGUUCUAUUUCGCCUCGGCGGCGCUCUCGCAGUCCUGUUCGCAGUGGCUCUAAACGCCGCAGCACAUCUAAGGCCAAGGAGCGCAGUAUCUCUCCGAAAAGUCGCCGAAGUGGAUCACCAAAAAGUCAUCGCAGUGGCUCUAUCAAAAGCCGUCGUAGUACCUCAGCAGAUCGUCCCAGAGGCUCUAAAUCGCCCACUCGUAGAUCAACUUCUGUAGAACGAGGUAGAAGCACAUCAUUGCGACGCCGUAGUCCAACACCUGACCGUGAUCGCAGUAAAUCCACUUCUCGUCAUCGCUCUUCAGGUAGAAGUCGCUCACCACGCUCUUCUUCCAGGCGUACGAGUAAAUCCCCAGCCAGGAGGAGCACCAGUCGAUCACCCUCACCUCGGCGUCGCAGCCGUUCCUUUUCUUCUUAAAUGAGACUCAAUUCUUCUGAGAUUUUUUUAAGUUCACGCCAGACAAGGGGCAUUGAAUUCUGAACCAUAAAUGUUGAUUGAUCGUUCAUUGACAAGUGAAAUUUCUUUUUAUGCUGUCUUUCGAAAACCUAAAGUUCAUUGAGUUUCACUGAUAAAUUAAAGUUUCCGAGUCAAGAAAAUUUGAUGAAAUAAUGUAACAUUUUGCCUUCUCCUCAUUUUUCUCCAGCAUUUCAUUAUGAGGCUCCUAGUUUUACAUGAAUGUAAGUGAUACCAUAUUCUGAAGUAUGACAGUUUUCAAUAAUUGUAACCUUUGAACAAGCACCAUUUUAUCACUUUUAGCAACAUAGUAAUUCACUUUGGGUUGCCUAAUGUAGGUAAUAAGACUUAUAAUAUCGAUGGUGAUAGUCAAAAGAUGGAUACCUCCAGUAGAACCGUGGUAUAUCUCCCGCUGAUGUCUUAUUUUUUUAAAAAGAAAACCAAGCGACAGUUUUUCUUGUAACGUUCUGUUUAUUUUCUUCAUUCAUUCAAAUGUAAUCACAAAAACUUUUAAUUAAUUAAAAUCGUUAGUCUCUUUUCAAAGAAACGAAACAUAAUCAGUAAUUUUGGAACGUUAAUAGACUUACACACUUCCUGACUUAAGCUAUCGAUAUGACAUCGCCUUGGUUAUUCUAGUGAGCGUCAUAGAUUAAUGUUGCUAGACUAAGCUUCAUUAACAUUCUCUUGACCUUUUUUUUUGUUUUGGAUUUAAGAAAUUAGUUUUUUAAGUAAAAAUAACGAUUUUUAUCUAGGAUUUUCUAAGAAUCUUAGGUUCCUUGCAAAAAAAAUUUUCCUCUCGUUUUCUUUCAAAUGCCUUAAUGAGAGAACUGUAUCAGGCAUUCUCAAUAUAUCUUUGCCUAUAAUUAUAUUGGUUCCAUGUCAUCUGGGUUAAUCCAAGUUUUAUCAGUCCAGAAGAAACUUAAACUUGGAAACUCAAGACAGAUUCCUUCAUAAAUCCCAUCGUUCCCAAUUCUAGUAAUUGUUUCGAUGUAGCAGGGAUCAACAAGUUAAUGCGACAUACUUUGAUAGUAUUUUUAAUUUAUUUUAGUACUUUUGCUGUUUUAGAAUUUUUCCUUGCAGACUAUCAAGAAUUCUUCAAUAUCUGUUAAGAUUUUCAGAUGUUGCAAAUUCUAACAAACCUCAAGUUGGCUGAAAAAAAAAAUAUGAUUGUAAACUCUUUCUUCCCAGAUUUAGCAUUCAAAUGCAGUUGAAGAACAUAGUUUACCAUCAUUAACAAGUGUAAUGAAUUUCUUGAAUAUGUAAUCAGAGAUGAGACAUGACUUGUCAUUAAUGGGUUUUAAGAACGUUUUGUUAUUUCACAACAAUAAAUUUUUUUCUCAGCAAA